AUGGCCGUACCUCCCGAAGUAGCAAAUGAUGCCCUGAAUGCCAUGCUCGCUGUCGUGCAAUCGCUCGCUCAGCGCUGCAUCAAGGUGAAGAAGGGUGAUCCCGAGGCCUUAAAGCUGUCGGACGAGAUUGCCAGGUGUGUGGCAAAAGACUUAAAACUAUACAGUGGGAAUGCUACAUUAUUCUCCCCACAGCUACUCUCAUUUGCCGCCAUUGUGAGACAGCACUCAAAGGGUGGGGCCUUUGAAAAUGUCUCCAACUGGACCUCCGUCACCAACGACGACCCUCGGAUAAAGAACCACCCACAAUUUGAGAAGACCGUGGACUAUCGCCCCCUCUCCACAUUUAACAUUCCCGCCAUCGCGACAUCGACUGAUAUUCCCACCACCGUCCCAAUACCACUGGCCCUCAUCGUCCCACCAUCGACUCCCUCGACUCCGCCAUCUAUGCCAUCCCAAACAGACCUGGAUGUCAUCGCUAAACCGGUAGAGGAACCGAAACGACGGGUAUACCGACACUUGUAUUUUCCAGAAGCUGAGAGGGAACAGUGGAAGAUAGCUUUCACGGCCGGCGAUAGCAAGAAGAGGAAGGCGGAAGAUGAAGAUAUUGAUGGGACCACAGUUGCCAAAAAGAUGAGGAAGGUGAAGUCCGAUGUCGAAAAAGAGCCAACCAGAGGAGUCAUCCAUGUAAAACGAAGGGAAUUGCCGCCUGUCGCUACUGACAAGGACAUUCUCCUAGUCACAGACAAGGAUUUCCUGGAUGCAGAAACUCGGCCUGCAGAAUGGGGCUCGGAUUCUGAUGUCGCUACUCCUUGGCAGCAUUCCGUUCGUUACCACCCCCGGCGCUGCGACAAGUGUGCCAAGUUGGACAUAGCCUGCCUUGUCCUCCCCGACAAGAAAUUUGGGUACACACACCUCGCCUGCGCCAAUUGCGACAACAUGAAGAUCGCGUGCGCAAUCGACGGUGUUGGUGUCCGGCAGAGGUUGCAAGGUAAUGCGGCGAAAGCAUCCUCUGAUGCAUGCAAAACCCCCAAGACGUCCAAGUCCCGAGCUGUCUCCAAAAAAGUCGCGGCACGUCCUUCUCGCUCUCAACGGAGCAUUGCUGGUAGCAAAGGAGCGGAGAAAAAGCCCAUGGAGGUCCUUCCGGUGAAGGUACAACAAUUCAGAUGGUGA